AUGCGAUCCGAUUCUUUUUUUGACAAACUAUCGAAGAGUCAUUGUCGCCUUUUAUUUACCCGCUUUCUAGCACAGCGGUACACAAUGCACUUCCAGACUCUGCAAGGCCAACCAAGUUCCAUGUCCCUUCAUGUCCUCUCCGGCUCGGUGCUCGAUGAGAGAUCCUCAAAGUACAAGCCUUGCGCAAGCCAAACAACAGAUCUUGGGCAGUUCCGACUCGGUACUGGAUGUUAUAUGAAUAAGUUUCCGAACCCUCGAUAG